UCAAAAAGGUGAUAUGGCUUCCGUUAGGCUCUCUUCCGCUACAAUGACCUCUUCUCUGGCUCAUGCCACAAUGGUCGCACCAUUCAUCAGACUUAAGUCCUCUGCUGCAUUCCCAGUGACAUGUAAGGCCAACACCGAAAUUACUUCCAUCACAAGCAACGGCGGAAGAAUUAACUGCAUGAAGGUGUGGCCUCCUGUUGGCAAGAAGAAGUUUGAGACUCUCUCUUACCUUCCUGGCCUUACCGAUGUCGAAAUAGCCAAGGAAAUUGACUACCUUAUCCGCAACAAGUGGACUCCAUGUAUUGAAUUCGAGGUGGAGGUAAGAAAAACUGAAAAAUGA